AAUUCAUGCAUACUUUAUUGCAUAAAAAUGAAUCUCUUUUUUUCUAUGGUUACUGGGUUAACCCACUACCUGCCUUGAUUGAAGAGACAAAUGUUGCUGAUACAGUUUGUUGCUCACUAGCACAAAGCAAAGAAAGGGUGGAAAGGGAGUAUAAGGAGGGUGGGUAGGUGAAACCAUGGAGAUAAAAUUCAUUGAUAAAGGGGUCAUGCUAUACUCCCAAGCUCUGCCAAGCUGGAGCUGAAUUUGUCCAGUUCUACCCAUGAACUAAACGGGGAACUCUGCUAAUGCCUAACGAAUCAGUGUGACAAAGGGUAAGUUAAAUUAUGCAAGCUUUGAAGCACAUGGAUAAAGUUCAUUUUUUCAUUCCUCUUUUCACAAAGUUAGGAAUCAGUCAUUGAGUGCAAUUUGCUGGACGUAGAUUCAGGACAGACAAGAGAAAAAAGUUCUUCCCUGGUUGCUGGUGGCAAGGAAGAAGGACUGGUGCAGAAAAAGGAAUUUCAAUAGCUACAUAGAAUCAUAGAAUUGGAAGAGACCUCAUGGGCCAUCCAGUCCAACCCCCUGCUAUGCAAGAAAAGCACAAUUAAAGCACCCUCGAUAGAUGGCCAUCCAGCCUCUGGUUAAAAGCCUCCAAAGAAGGAGCCUCCGCCACACUCUGGGGCAGAGAGUUCCACUGCUGAACAGCUCUCACACUUAGGAAGUUCUUCCUAAUGUUCAGGUGGAAUCUCCUUUCCUGUAAUUUGAAGCCAUUGUUCCGCGUCCUAGUCUCCAGGGCAACAGAAAACAUGCUUGCUCCCUCCUCCCUAUGACUUCCCCUCACAUAUUUAUAAAUGGCCCUCAUCAUGUCUCUUCUCAGCCUUCUCUUCUGCAGGCUAAACUUGCCCAACUCGUUAAGCUGCUCUUCAUAGAACUUGUUCUCCAGACCCUUGAUCAAUUUAGUCGCCCUCCUUUGGACAUAUUCCAGCUUGUCAACAUCUAUUUAUACCUAGGAGUUAAAGUCCCAGGAGUCAAUCCUCUUUUGUCUUAGGUCACUUUAUUCUUUAAACAACACAACAUUGAUUUUUUUUAAAAUCACUAUGCCCUUUUGGAUUAAUUGUCAUUGGCUUAAAUACUAACCAGCCAACUUGUCAAGACACAAGUAGGUCUCCAUUAUUCUCAUCCUGCUCUACCAUUGACCAAGUGUAGACUUAUUUAAAGCAUUGCAUUCAACUGCAGUAUAUGAGUCUAGAUUGCCCAUAUAAUGUAGUUUCAAAUUACAAAGAAUUCAACAACAGCUAGUGUGUCAUGAACUCCCAGUUAAUAAACCUCCACCCUCAAGACCAUUACAUCAAUGAAUACUUCUGGCUAUAUAGUGAUCAGCAGUAGAGAAAUGCUAUUAUCUGCAUAAGUAAAGUUAAAGGUUUUCCCCUGACAUUAAGUCCAGUCGUGUCCAUCUCUGGGGGUUGGUGCUCAUCUCCAUCUCUAAGCCAAAGAGCUGGCGUUGUUCAUAGACACCUCCAAGGUCAUGUGGCCGGCAUUACUGCAUGGAGCACUGUUACCUUCCCGCCGGAAUGGUACCUAUUGAUCUACUCACAUUUGCAUGUUUUCGAACUGCUAGGUUGGCAGAAGCUGGGGCCAAUAGCGGGAGCUCACUCCGCUCCCUGGAUUUAAACCGCUGACUUUUUGCAUACUCUGAACUAAAUGAGCUAGCACUCUCUCUCUCUGACAUGCAGGGAGUUAGGCCAGGAUCACAUUUUGGGAACAAAUACCCCAAAGCAGAGGGUUGUUGCAAGCAGGGACAGGUUAAUCUCUGCCGAAUUGCACUUGCUCUCUCCAGCUUCCUCAGUCAUCAUAUUUCCAAGAGGGGAAAAUCAUGGUAGUAGCAAAGAGUGGUAAGUCUGGUUCUGGUAUUCGAAUGUCAUCAUUGUGUUCUACUUUUACUAUUGUAAUAUCCUUUAAUUCAGUUGUUACCAGACUAUUGUGCAGCUGAGCCCCUUCCAUACCGCUGUAUAAAAUCUACAUUGAACUGGAUUAUAUGGCAGUGUGGACUCCGAUAAUUCAGGUCAAACCAGAUAUUGUGGGUUAUGUGCCUUGAUAUUCUGGGUUAUAUGGCUGUGUUGAAGGCCUCUGAGUUCACAAUUUCCCAGAAAAAUCCAAAGGGAGAGUCCAGUGUGCAAUUCCUGAACCCCAAAUGUUGCCCAUCACAACAGAUAGACCCAGAGAUCAACUAGUCAACAAUUAACAAGUAGGCUGUUUCACUUUCUCACCAGAAAGGUUUGGUUUGUUUGUAACCCUGGAGAUUUCAAUGAAGGUUUAUUCUUCUGAAUAUUUUCAUCACGAAGAUAGACAGAAUCAAAUUCAUAGUUUAUUAUGUACUUUCUUGUAGAGGGCUUCACGUUGUCAUAGUGUUGUUAUGUGCCUUCAAGUUGUUUCCAACCUAUUACAAUCCCAGUUGGACCCUACUGCAGGGUUUUCUAUUAUGAUUUGUUCAAAAUAGGUUUGCCAUUGCUUUCCUUUGAGGCUGAUAUAGUGUGAAUUGCACAAGUUACUCAGCGUGUUUCAUGGCUGAGCAGGGAUUUGAACCCAGAUCACCAAAGCCCUAGUCCCAUGUGAAAACCACUGACUCCACAGUGUGUUUCUAAUGCCUCCAAGGGAGACUUUUUUGUGAAAUAAGAAAGUUAACUGGAUCAGUGAGUCAGCUGUAAUAAUGUGGUGGAAAGAACUGUGUGCUUGUUCGCUGAAUGGGAGAAGAGCAGGAGUAUUAUGGUACAUAAAAUGAAGGAAUUUACUGUGAACAAACCAAAUAAUUUUGCUUGCCAACAAUACAGUUUCAUUUAAAUUAAAUUACAUAAAAUUAGGCCAACUUUUUUAAUAAGGAAGAAUUGGCACUCAGCACAAAAUGUGUCUAUGAUUAAUACAGAGACGAAUACUGGUAUGCCAUUUUCUUGAGAAAUCUUGAGCAAUAGGAAUGUGUCAUCUUUAGAAAAGUGACCUGGUGGGUGCGGGGAUAAGGCACUCAGCUGUGUAACCCCCAAUGAUCUUUUUGAUACAAAAGAUCUCAUUUUCUGUAAAAGACCUACCAAAAAAUCAUAACAAAAGAUAACACCCAGGGCACUGAAAUCAUCGCACUCCAAUGUCAGCAACGAAGCACGAUGUAAAGUAGCACAAUAAAAGUAUCCUGUGAGUAGAAUCACAGGGGAAAAAAGGAACAAUAAUUUCAGGGCCCUUCCACACAACCAUAUAACCAGGAUAACAGGGCAGAAUAACCCGCAAUAUCGGCUUUGAACUGGAAUAUCUGAGUUCACACUGACAUAUAUCCCAGUUCAAAGCAGAUAAUGUGGGAUUUUAUUCAGCUGUGCGGAAGAAGCCUCAGAUGAGGUAGCUUUGAUGGAACAGCAAUCCCAAAAGACCCCCAAUCAAGAAAUAUUUCAAAAAUCUAAUCUCAGAAGUGAACGUGUCUCAAAUGAAACUUCUGAUAAAUCUGAUUCGGUUCCAAAUUUUCACUACUUUUAAAAAACAAUACUGCCAGGUUUCAGUGCAGUAUGAUUUCAUAUAAUGCCAUUCCAAUGUAAAGUAUGAAGUCAUAAAGCAAACUGUGUUAUGUGUGAAAUGUUGCAAGGAAAAGCAGUUGGGAGACACCAGGCAGCAAAGAGCGAGGCAGCAUUCAAGUGUGAUCUCCUGCCAGUGAAAGUUUAGAGACUGGUAGCCAAGGAUUUCCUCAAAUCAGCCUGCAGGGACAGAGGGGUGGGAAGGGUGAGAAUUUUCCUCUUGGUUGGUUGUUGCUCUUUGCUUCUUGUCUUCCACACAGAAGGAGUUGGACAGAGCCCUCAAAAAGCAGCGUGCCUGCUGCUGCCAAGGCAUUUGACUCCAGAUCCUAGCCAUGCUGGACCUGUAUACAAUUGCGCUGGGGCUGCUGAUUCUUUUGCCCCUCCUGGGAAACAUUUUCUUCCCUUACCUUUGGCUGGACCUGGUCUACUUCUGUACCAUAGUGAAAAGUGGAUACAAACUCCUACAGUGUCUUCGGCGGACUCCUCCUGUUACCCUCCUGGAUGCUUUCUUGGAGAAAGUCAAGAAACAUCCCGAGAAGCCACUGAUUCUCUUUGGAGAUGAGGUCUAUACCUACCAAGACAUUGACAAGCGCAGCAAUCAGGUGGCCAGAGUGUUACAGGGCCAUGUGGGGCUGAAAGAAUAUCAAACGAUGGCUGUUUUCCUGAAGAAUGUUCCUGCCUAUCUCUGGGUCUGGAUGGGCUUGGAGAAAAUUAGCUGUACCAUGGCGUGUAUCAAUUACAACAUCCGAUCAAAGUCCCUGUUACACGUGCUCAGCUCCUGCGAUGCCAAAGUGCUAUUGACCACUCCAGAUUUUCGAGAAGUCAUUGAGGAUGUCCUGCCUAUUCUAAAGAAUGAAGGUGUGCAAGUCUUCUAUCUGAGUGAUGCCUCCCCAACUCCUGGUGUGGAAGCUUUGCUGGGACGGAUGAAAUCCAGUUCAACUGACCCAAUGCCUGUCUCUUCCAGAGCCAAUAUAACCCCUAAUUCUAUAUCCCUGUAUAUUUUUACUUCUGGGACCACAGGACUACCGAAAGCUGCUCCCAUCACCCAGAGAAAGCUACUCAUUGCGGCUGGCAUGUUCGGUGUAUGUGGGGUGAAGCCUCAGGAUAUCAUCUAUACCCCACUCCCACUUUACCACUCGGCUGCAUUGCUUAUUGGAGUAGGAGGAUGCUUGGAGGUUGGAGCUACACUUGUCUUGAGGUCAAAGUUCUCCGCUUCCCAGUUCUGGGAUGACUGCAGGCGAUAUCAUGUCACCGUGAUCCAAUAUGUAGGAGAAAUGAUGCGGUACCUGUGUAACUCACCAAAGAGGGACAAUGACCGUGACCACAGUGUACAGAGAGCCAUAGGCAAUGGCAUGCGGACAGAGGUCUGGAAGGAAUUCCUCCGUCGAUUUGGAUUCCUGCAAAUCUAUGAGUUCUAUGGAGCGACUGAGGGGAAUUUUGGGUUCAUUAACUACACUGGGAAAGUCGGAGCUGUGGGAAGAAUUCACUUCCUUCAAAAGAAAAUGACAAUGUUUGAAAUUGUUAAAUACGAUGUUGACCAGGAUGAGCCAGUAAGAAACGAGAAAGGGCAUUGCAUCCCAGUAGCUGCAGGCGAAACAGGCUUACUAGUGUGCAAGAUCACUGAGGUCGCCCCGUUUUCAGGCUAUGCAGGAGACCGCAAGAAGACAGAGAAGAAGAUUCUUCGGGAUGUCCUAAGAAAGGGAGACAGCUUUUUUAAUAGUGGUGACCUUCUGAUGCAAGACCAUGAAGGUUUUAUAUAUUUCCAGGACCGAGUGGGAGACACUUUCCGCUGGAAAGGGGAGAAUGUUGCUACUACAGAGGUUGAGAGGACCUUGGCUGCAUUGGACUUCAUUGAGGAAGCCAAUGUAUAUGGGGUGCCAGUGCCAGGGCAUGAAGGAAAGACUGGAAUGGCAGCAGUACGGCUGAAAGAUGGGCUCUCCUUCGAUGGAAAAAAGCUGUAUGCACAUGCCAAGGAUUACAUGCCAAACUAUGCCAUACCUCGUUUUGUGCGUCUCAGGGAAGCCCUGGAGAUCACUGAAACAUUCAAACAACGCAAAGUUCAAUUGGUGAAGGAAGGGUUCGACCCAGCCAUCAUCAAUGACCCUUUAUACUUCUUAGAUGACUCGGAAAAAUGUUACGUGCCCAUGACUCAGGAGAUCUUCAGCUCCAUCACAAAGAAGAAACUGAAGUUGUGAAAGAUCUUCCACAGGAAAACCAGGAGGAGGUGUAACUGGGAGACUCUUGACCUCUACCUGGGAAAGUGGAAGCUGCCAAACCAGAUGAUCAAAAUCUGCCAACCCGGGGAACAUGUUCUGAUGUGUGACAAACCUGUGUGCAUGAAUGGCAGCUGGUGGUUCUCACGAUUGGGAUGAUGAAUGUGCUCUACAUUUUACUAUGAACUCUAAAGGAGUUAUCUGGCGCCUUAUUUGCAGAACAUGGAUAGCUCAUUUUAAAGUUCAAACUAAAACUCAGGGCAGAUUUAUCAUCUUGUUGGCUGCCUCUCACUACUGGUGUAUGUGUGCAUGUCUGUGAAAUAAUCCCUUUGCUUUUUCCUGAUGUGUCCACAUGGGUUGUUGGUUCUGCAUUGUAUAUAUUGGAAACUCUGUAGAAGAUGCAGUGAGAAGGGUCUGGUGCUCUUCACUGUCUGGAAUGCUUUUCCUUCCUGUGAUUCACAUGUGUGUGCUGCACCAACUGAUACAAAUAUAAUCAUAGGCCAAGUGUGCGACAGCAGAUACUUAUGGGGAAGUUCGAUUUUGCCUACAGGAAGAAGAUAUCUUUCUCCAUUGCCACAUUCAUAUUUAUUGUGGAGACCCACCUCUGUAACAGAUAGAACCAUUCUUUUAAAUAUGGUCACUGAAUCUUAGGUGAAGUCACUCUCUGCCUCAGAAGACACAGCAAGAUGUAAUUCCCCUUAAAUCAGUUUCUAGUUUACCUUACCCUAGGAAAAAAAAUCACUCUAUAUUCUAGAAGCUUUUAUCUAGUCAGAUUACCUACACAGGUAAAAUAUCAGAAGACCUAGAAUAAUGCUUAAUUUGAGUAAGGACUUCAUCACAUGCAAUAAAAUCAGCUUUUCUAUACAUUUAAGAAACGGCUAGUGAUAGAGCCCAUCACAUAACGCUAGCUUGUACCAUGAGUUCCAGGUAUUUUGCCGUUUCAAAAGUGGGGUUUUUUUCCUAUGCUUCCUAAGUUAAUUGGCAAUCGACUUCUUUUUUAAUUCCCUGCAUAAAGUAACGGUAAAGGUUUUCCCCUGACAUUAAGUCUAGUUAUGUCAGACUUUGAGGGUUGAUCCUCAUCUCCAUUUUUAAGUCGAAGAGAGGCUUCCAAGGUCACGUGGCUAGCAUGACUGCAUGGAGCGCCAUUAGCUUCCCGCCGGAGCAGUACCUAUUGAUCUACUCACAUUUGCAUUUCUUCGCACUGCUAGGUUGGCAGAAGCUGGGGCUAAACAGUGGGAGCUCACCCUGCUCCCUGGAUUUGAGCUACUGACCUUUCAGUCAGUAAGUUCAGCAGCUGAGCGGCUUAAUCCGCUGCGCCACCGGGAGCUCCCAAUUCCCUGCAUAGAGACACAUAAAAGCAUGAAAUUUAACGUGCGAUGGGAAUUCCCCAUUGUCUCCAUAAAAUUCCCCAAAGAAUAAUAUAGAAGACAUCACAUUUCGUUAUCUCUUGUUAAAAAGUACUUCCAUGAGAAGAAACACAGAAAAGAAAACAGGGCAGGAGACAGUGGGAGGAUAAUGUGCCCCAUGUGAUGGGAAGGCAAACAGAUAACGUGAUGGUGGUAGGAAAAUCAUUUGUUUAAUUUCCAAAUGGGGUGUUGCAAAGCUUAACGGAAAAACAUCGAUCCUCAACGCUUUACUUAUUGCGUGGGAUGAAGUCGUAAGAUUCCUCACUUCAUGCUCCCAGACUCAAAUUCAAUCAACACAUAGAUCGGAUGGUCACCUAUAUCACCUAGUUGUCUUUCUUUUGGGUUUGGUGUUUGUAUGCAUGCAUUUGUGGGUUGAUAUUUCACCCUCCUCUUUUAUAGAUUUCACUUUAUACAUGUAUGUGGGACAUAUGGCAGGCAUCAAACUGUGAAAGAUGCUAAAGUAAGUCUUAGUAGAUGAGUUUAGGAAGAGGAAGCAGAAGAUCUGAGCAAGAUGUUUCACUUGGGGUGGUGAUGUGAUGUGAAGGAGUAUAAAUAGGACUGCCUUGAGAUGCCGCUAUGGAGCAGAAGCAAAAGGUUGCCAGUAAUAUAUUUUUCCAUAUAUAUCUAGCAAGGAAAUAAAUUUGGUGCCCAUGAAGGGAAACCAUAGUGGCAGUAUGAGAAGGGAGGGAGGAGCACUGCACCACUAGAGCUUGCCAUUAAUUUUUAAAUCCUGUCCUCUUCCAAAACGUGAAAUUUGUAAAAUGAUUGAUUGUUGUGUAAGAUGAGAGAGGACAAUGUAUUCCAAACCUGGCCAUUUUGUUUUCAAAGAGCAUCACAGCACAAUUCCACCUGUUUGCCUGAAAUAAUGUGCUCAUUGUUUAUGUUUAUGUGAAUUAGCAGAAUAGAAAAAAAAUCAAUAAAAUUAAAAUGUUGGAAAAAUCAUGAAA